AGUGUCUGUGUAAGCAUCCAUCUACUUCGCAUGCCAUGGUGGCUGGAUAUUUUAUUGGGUGAUCGCGUGGUGAUCUACGUUUGGAUCACACUGAAAUCGUUAACGUUACUUUAAUGAAAUUAAGAUAUUGAGUCAAUAACUGAUAUCGCAAGACGUUAUCAGCACAAUAAAUCGUAGUCUUUAAUCCUCAUCAGUGCCUCCGUUGAUUGUGUGUUAAAAACAUCGUUACAUAAAUAUCCUCGCAGCUAGGAGUACGAUGACGAAAAGGACAGUUCUAAACGAGGUGUACAAGGGUUUGGUGGAAGAGAUGCACAUACCCGCUGAUCUGCAUGAGCGAGACGGCAAGAAGUUUGCUAGCUUCGGCUCUGUACUUCCUAUUCACUGUGCCACGCCAGAACAGGUAGAGCAGAUGUCGCGGAACACGCACCACUAUUGCGACGUGUUCACACCGGACCUGCUCGCGCCGCUCGACGACCUCGCCUUCGUGCGCCUCGACGAAAACACCGCCGAGAAGGUGUUCCUGAACCGCAGCAAGCGCAUCCUACUGGUGUCGAGCGACGGGCGGCUGGCGCAGUGGCGGAGCGCGCCCAGCUUCGAGUCCGCCAACCGCUACGUGGGCGGCGCGCCGCUCGUCACGCGCGCCGGCGCGCUCGCGUCCGUGCUCACCGCGCGCCACGGACACCACUACGCCGUGUCCGCCUUCGAGGGCGACGGCGGUUACUUUGAGACCUCUAAGCCCUGGGAGACCGUGGACAUCGAGGAGGGCAAGUCCUACUAUGGAGAUAAAGGCUUCGACACCAGGGAAGAACUGACCCACUAUUUGGAAAACCUUCCUCCCGCAGAGGUGAACUCGACCUCUCCUCCGAGGCCAAUUCUGCUGAGAGGCAAGAUUCCUAGGGUAGCACUGAUGGCGGAGAAUGGAAGGCAGCUCGCCCACCAUUACUUGAGCGGGGUUUUGGCUAACGAUGUUGAAUAUUUGUAAGGUUCUAUAUUACACAAUUCAAACGCGAAAGCGUUGCAUGUUGUACAGACGCUUCUAAUACCAACCUGAAGUAGUAGUAAUAAUAAUAAAUCAUAAUAAUAAUUCAUCGUUCACACAUUUACAAUAAAAAUAAAAACUCCCGUCACGAUAACUGUUGAUAAUAACGAUUAGUUUACUUACUUCAUAAAUAACUUCGGAUCUUUUACUAAAAUUCUUCUAGGUCCAAGAAUUGGCACCUUAGCUUUAUUUAGUGGCUUUACUCAAACUGUUGUUAAGCGGGUGAAUAGUUAAAGUGCUGUUUGUCUACUUCUUUCGAAUGUAAAAUCAACGAUAAAAGAAAUAAAUCAAUGUUUAACUAAAUAUCUCUUAAACAACAACCGCUGAAAGGAGAUCGGUUUUAAAUGAAACAUCGCGAGUCCUAACGCGGCAGGCGAAUCGUAUCUAAGUCAAACGGACACCCGACUGAUACUAGUCACGAGUGCAGUUAUUUUUCGUUGUUUAACAUGCGCGACUGCAGCGGUGUGCCUAACUUCACACCGGCAAACUUAGACUGCUUUUAAUGUACAUAGAAAAAUGUAAACGAUACAUAAUAAAUAAAGUUUUUACUUUAAUUGAACAAUUCCUAUGUUCUAUUAUAUUGCAAUUCUUUUGUUAUUUAUAAACAUACAUGUGGUUAGAACACCAGUACAUUUUGUAUAUUAAAGUGGAAAAUAUGAAUAAAAAUAAAAGAAUAGUUUUAUUUUAACAUGUUUAAUAACAACAUUUAUAAACCAUUAAACAUUAAGACCACAGCCCUCUUGGAACACAUUAUAUUUUUAGUUCGUC